AUCUCUGAAUUGUAAAAGCAGAGAGGAGAAUCUUUAGUUCUCAUUAGUCCUCCUUAAAGUUGGACAUGGAGCUCGGAUCAACAAUUGGUGCUGUGAGGAGUCAGAGGGUGCUGAUAGGGGAUGAAGUCUGCCCUGCUGUUGUUAUAAUAAAGGAUGGAAGAAUCUGCCAAAUACUUCCAGACAGGGACUUUUCUGGGGAUGCUGCAGAGGUAAGCUGAUGUAGAUUUGCAGAUACAUAUAUUCAACCCUACAUUUUAUGAUUAAUAUCUUGUCCAUGACCCACUCAGGUGUUAGAUGUGGGUGACAGUGUGGUGAUGGCAGGUGUUGUGGACUGCCAUGUCCAUGUGAAUGAACCAGGCCGCACAUCCUGGGAGGGUUUCUGGACUGCCACCAGAGCUGCCGCAGCAGGGGGCGUGACAACAAUUGUGGACAUGCCACUGUAAGUUCCAUAAAUUCAAUAUUUCUGUAAUCAUUUAAUCUAUGCCCAAAACAAAGGUGUAAGGUGAUCUACAAAGUGAACUAACAGGUAAAUAACUACCAUCACCUGAUCAAAUCUACAUGGGUACCACAAGAAUGUUUUUUGUGCAGGUUGGGUUGUGUGGCAACUGCAAGGUGUGGAGAAGUUGUUUGUUGUGCAGCAGCUGCAACAGUGUACUGCUCGCUGAACUGUCACUAUGUACAAGAGUAAUUUGAAUUACACAGAAUAGUGUGGUACUGGCCUUUAGGGUCUAUGACUUAAACCAAGUUAUCUGCUGUAAUACUCAUGACAGGGCAUUCAUGAAGAGUAAAACUGAGACCUAACUCAAAACUAUAUAGCCUGUAUUGCGUCAAAAUACAAAGAAAUUGCAUUUGUCCCUUCCACAAGUCCUUAAAAGAAUUCAUGCAAAAACCACAAUUUGGAAACCAGGCUUAAGGUCAUAUAAAAGGCAGGGAACUAGCGGGAUAUAUAACAUGAAUAAAGAAAAUUGAUAAAUUAACAAGAAUAUUGUACUAUCCAGACUGACAUAUUAUACAAUCUGCAUGAGUAUGCUUGUGAAAUGGGUUAUGGAGACAGUACACUGCUUGUAAUACUGGGUGUUUCCUAUAUACAAUGCCAUGACCAUGACCAAAAUAGACUGUGCAAGUCAUUGAGUUUUUUUGUACAGUAGCUGGAGUCGACAGGACAAAAGCUCCAGAACAUGUGUGUUUAAAUAUUGAAUUUCCCUACGGAGAUAAAAUAAAUUUAUUCUUAUUAAAAAUAAGCAUCCUGUAAAUGGCUAAAAACAAGCAAGAGACAAACACUCAAGUUGAAAUUGUGGGCUUCCUCUAAGUAUUUCACCAUGAUGAUAAGACACCUGCGAUACUUGUACUGUCCUUUUUUUCUUGAGAAUCCAGUUUAUGGAAUUGUACCAAACUCCAGUUAACUUCUCUUUCAGCCAGUGUAGCGUUUUCUGCUUAAGGUAGUGUGCUAUUCUAUUUCAUACAGAGUGAUUUCACAAAAGUUUUCAAUUAUGUAGCCCAGCUAGCUUCCUAAGAAAAUUUACCGGCCAUAAAGAAGUUUGACUUUGACUAUGUUUAGGGAUAGAGACAUACACACUGUCCUUGACUUUCCUCCCCCAAAUGGAAUAAUUUCAACCCAUAGAUUAUUAGAAAAUGAGGAUGAUAAAAUAUCAAUAUACAGGUUAUGUUGUUUCAAUGUAUUUUUGUUUCAUUGUCAUAUUCUCUUACUUUAAUGUCUAUAUUUGAAACCAGUUGUUCUUGCUUGCAACUAAAUGUUUUUUUUCCUCCUUCCUGUUUAAAGAAAUAGCAUCCCUCCAACUACCACACUAAGUAACUUUCAUGAGAAGCUGCGGGAGGCCACAGGACAGUGUUUUGUGGACACUGCCUUCUGGGGAGGUGUCAUCCCUGGUAAUCAGGUACAGGGGACAGCUUGGACGUAACAAUGCCAUUCUCAGUUCGAUUGUGCUGAAUUAUGGCCAAAGAAAACACAAGUAACUGAUGUCUCUUAACAGCUCGAGCUUCAGCCGAUGAUCCAGGCUGGAGUGGCCGGCUUUAAGUGUUUCCUCAUCCACAGUGGAGUGGAUGAGUUCCCCCAUGUGACUGACAGUGAUCUACAUUCAGCCAUGAAGCAGCUGCAAGGAACAGGGAGUGUCCUGCUGGUAAAUGACCAUCUACAUCUUUGAUAAAAAGUGUAUUAAUCAAAGCCACUCAUCUGCAUUAGGUAUUGUAAUGUGACAUUAGUGUCUUCUGCUCUCUCUCCUAAAGUUUCAUGCAGAGAGAGAAGUUCUGCAGACAACUGAGGAGAAUGGCGGUAACAAUUCAUUUACAGGCCAUAAAGCAGUAGACAACCUGAGCCAUAGCCUGUUUUAUCUCUGUUUCCAUUAAGUAUUUGUGUUUUUCUGAUAAUCAGGGUCAGAUAAUAACAAAAUCAAGUAGGAAAAUGGAAUUGUCUUUUUACUACUUAGGGUUCAAUUUGUUCAAAUGUCUUGAAUCAAGAAAUUAUGCAUAUUAAGAUUGUUAUUGUUUUGCAGAUUUUACUCUUUGUUAUCUUUGAUUUUCCCUUCAAAAAUAUUUCCAACACUCAGCCUGUCUCACUCAUUUAAACUGCUUCAUAAUGUUGCCAAUAAAAGCUGGAGGUACCUCCCUGGCACCUCCCUGGCAGCAGCAGCAGACACUAGGCUAAAAUAACUGAGACCCCUGUGAAAGCCUGAAAUGUUUCAAAUGGCACCUGAAAUGUUUUUGUAAUUUUGCCAUAAAUACUACAUCAUCAAAUAACUAAGGUAGCUGAGUGGUCAUUGGUGCAAAAUGCCAGACUGCAAUGUUGCUUAUUUGGUUUCCAACCAGAGACCAUUGUUUUGUGCCCAACAUUGACAAAAGUCAAUAUUUUAGGCAACCAUUAUGCAGGGGGUAAAUUAAAUUUUUCCAAGAGCUCCUGAAGGCUUCAGACCGGUCUUGACAGCUGAAUAUGAUUCAAGACAGUCCAUGCAGCAGGAGUUAUUACAGAUUAGUUCAUUUUGGGUUUUAAAGUUUUGAUUGUAGAUAUGCUCCAUGUCCUCGCCUAAACCACUUCUUGUGUCUUAGACCCCUGUCACUACUCCACCUUUCUGCAGUCCAGGCCAGACAUCAUGGAGGUCGAGGCAAUUCGAACUGUCACAGAGCUCUGCCUGCAGUACCAGUAAGAUCUUUAGAUCCAUUAACAUACAAUAAUGCUUGGAGAUACCUGUGUGAGUGACUUAGCUGUGUAUGUUGCAAGAUCCAAACACUAGCUUCCUCUCCUCUUCAGAGUGCGAUGCCAUAUCGUCCACUUGUCCUCUGCAGAACCACUAAAACUGAUCCAGGAGGCCCGACAGGCUGGGGCCCCCCUGACAGUGGAGACCACUCAUCACUACCUCAGCCUGUGUGCAGAGGAUAUACCUGCAGGGGCCACCCAGUUUAAGUGCUGUCCCCCCAUCAGAGGAUCCAUCAACCAGGUAAAAAAAGCACAUCAAAACCUUGUUUUUUUUUCUUAGCCUUCUUAGACAUCAAAGAAAGCUGCUUCAUUUUUAUUGAUUAUUGAUUUCCUAACCCCCACAGGGGCAGUUGUGGUCUGCACUGAAAGAUGGACACAUUGACAUGGUGGUUUCAGAUCAUUCACCCUGCACCAUUGAUCUGAAGAAGCUGGAUAGUGGAGACUUCACUCAGGCGUGGGGGGGGAUUUCUUCUCUGCAAUUUGGUAACUAAAACCAUGAGACAGAAGAGCUCAAAGGGGAAUUUUAAAGUUUUAAAAGGCCUGUAAUCAGUGUUGAUGGUAAAUGCUAGUCAUUGAAACAACAAUUUUUCAGAGCAUGCUUGACCAACCAAGAAAGCGGAGCAGUUUUUUGGCCAUGUGAUUAACUUUCACAGCCUGGAAACUGUCAAAUCUAUCCAUGGUCAUAAAAUACACAGUUAAAACCCCCAAAUUUGGGGGGUAGUUUAUUAAUACUGGUAAAGGUAGGGGUUCCAAGUCUAAUCAGAUACAGCCUGAAGACCUUCCACACCACUUCAAUCUACCGUGCUGAUCUUACAGGAACAAUAAAAUCUGAAGUUGCACCCAAGGGACACAAUAGAAAACAAAACAUUGGCUGCAGGCGUCUUAGUACUGCAGCCCUAGAUUGGCUGGGCUUUUAAAGAUGAACCAUUUUCCAGCACCAACACCAUCAACUGACAUCAAUGGUUAUCAUCUUGCUACUGAAAGAUUGGCUGUCUGAUUCAUGCUCCUUCAGUUUAUGCACUGACGAGUCUUUAGGCACAGCUCUGAACACCAUACUGCUUUGGGUGGUGAGGCCAGCAGUGUGAGUGUAAAUGGGGAUUUGUUAACACUAUUGUGCUUUUUUUACAUUUUGUCAUUAAUGUGUGAAAGUGACGGAUGGGUGAUUGUAACAUGUAGUGGAGAAGUUCUUUGAGCGGUCAGGAGACUACAGAAAGUGCUUCACAAGUACAGCCCAUUCACUAUUCAAUCAGUCAAUCAAUCUUUAUCUAUAAAGCCUCAUUUCACGACUGUUAUCCCAAGACAAAAAAGACCAGACUCUGUUCACAAAGACCCAAUGCAAAGAUGAGAUAAGAGUGAACCCCAUCUUGUAUGAUCAGAAACACUCCCAUCCCAUCUUCAACCACAUGACUGAAACAUUUUACAGCAUUGAGUAGAGAAGAACUCCUUUUAACAGGCAGAAACCUCGAGCAGAACCAGACUGAUGUUAGACAGUAAUCUACUGAGACUGAGAGGGGUUAGAGAGGGGAGAGUGGGAGAUGAAGAAAGAGAGGGAGAAAGAAAGAGAGAAGGAGAGACUGAUAGAGGGAGAUGGAGAAAGAGAUUAUUAACAAGAUAAAAAGAGAAAUGGCAUCCUUCAAAUACAAUUUCAGGAUUUUCAGAUACGAUACAAAAUGAUACAAAUAUGAUGUGAUACGAAACAAUGGGAUCCAACACAAAAAGCAUGGUAAUAUUAUAUUAUAGGAGCACACCUACAACAAACAGUCCUUUUUCAAGUAUUUAUUUAUGAUUAAAAAAAAUAAUAAUAAAAAUGAGCCGGAGCAGUAGACAUUUAAAAACUGCUCCUUUUUUGACUUAUAUGCAAGGAUACAAUAUGAUACUGUGUGAUACAAUACAAACAAUAUUACAUUGGGAUGUGACAAAAUACGAGCUCAAACAAUCAGACAAAGCUCUGAUGAGUUUGAUGAGAGCCCUGAUUAGACUCAGUCUGUAACACAUGAUACUGGGGUUUAAUUUGGAUGUUUUAUGUAGAGUAUCUGUUUGUAAAUUAUCAUUUUAGUUAGAGUUAAAUUAUCCCAGUACAAGACUUUCAACACCACAGCACAGUUGUUAGUGUUGCCUUCAGCGAGCCAUGGCAGUUUUUACAUUAUUCUGCCUCCAGGAUUUGUCUGUUCAUGACAAAUCCUCCUCUAUAUUUGGCUGAAAGAGACACUAUCUUUAAAUUCUCCACUUUUAACUCUGACUGUGCAACAUAACAGAGAGUUUAUAUGCAGAUUUUCUCUUUAAGGGGGAUUAGUUGUUUCCUACUUUCCCUCCUCCUGACUAUAAUCCUCAAAAUCACCCAAACUGAGCAAAGUUCACCCAAAGGUAAACAGAAGCAGAGUGCCAGAACAAUCAUUGACUGUUCAGACACAGUGAAAAAGGAGGAAAAGUGGUCAAAGUCUAGCACCAGAAAAUUUCGUAUCCGUAUCCACAGCAUUCCACCUCAUGCAUUCAUUACACCUCCUGAUGUAAUUGAGCAUUUAUGAUGCAAUUACUCCAAACAUCAGAGGAAAGCUUCAUUAAUACUUAAUGGUGUCAGGCCUGUGUAACCACUGCCCCAUUUCAACCAUUGACAGGUCUGCCUCUAUUCUGGACGUCAGCCAGUAAGAGAGGGUUUCAGCUGAGUGAUGUGACAAGACUCCUCAGCCAGAAAACUGCUCAGCUAUGUUGUCUUGACAAACAGAAGGGCAGCCUUACCCUCGGCUAUGAUGCUGACCUGGUCAUAUGGGACCCAGAGCGAGAAUUUCAAGUAUGUUUAAAAGAGUCCUUACUGUAAAUGAAGGGCAUUUUUCUGCAUUUAUACAAACAAAGAAAAUCUGAAGUCUUUGGUUUUGUUGAGAUUUAUUCUCUGUCACAGGUUGAAGAAGCUAACGUGCACCAUAAAAACAAGGUACAUUAGCCUAAAUAUGCAAAAUAUAUAAUAUUAGAUCCUAUUUUUGUAUCUGAGCUCAUGUGCUAAUGUGUGUGUGCAGAUAACACCAUACCUUGGCAUCACCCUGCAAGGAGUUGUGCAUGCCACCAUCAUCAGAGGGCGUCUGGUGUACAGAGAUGGCUCCUUCUGCCCUGAGCCUCUAGGGAAACACCUCCUCAUCCCUCAGAGGAGAAAUCAAGCCCAACUGUGAGGAGGAAUAACAACAAGCUGCAAUAAAAGACAACAAAUCUGAGUUUCACAUAA